CUUUAGCCGCAGCGUGUUUAAUAAUGAGUAACAACGAUAGGACAUAGUUCAUUGGCUUGGUAUGUAGUUACUGUAUUCUGCAGGCGUCUGCGGGCUACCGAGUAUAAGAAAUUCUCAUCUUUAAUCCAUCUUUCACAGUCGGUUUAUUUUCGUCCUUGAAUUAUCAUAUAUCAUAUGGUCGGCAAGUGAAGCGCCCAGAGGCAUCAAACUUCCCGAAGUGGAUGGGUCCUCCUGUCAACCUCGAAUACCUCUUUCUGCAGGAUGAGGGAAUUCCAGGAGCUGUCCACAUUUAUGAUAGCUAAUAAGCUUUGACUAUCAUAAUUGUACUUGUACAGUUUUGUCGUAGUGACAGUGACGUCAAUGAGGAAGUGUUUUGGAUGCGUUCGAGAACAUCAACAAGACCUAGGGAUAUCAUCAGCAACUUCUGGCUCUUCAUUCAACAAGAUACUAGCCAGCGGAAUCACAAUAGAGAUAUAAAAUGCAAGAUAGCGAAGCAACUAAGCAGUCUAUAUCACAACCAGGGGCAAAUUCUGAGCCCCUGGGACAUCCACUGGCCCGCUCCCUUCACUCACGAGAGUCAGAAAAAGUGACCAACAAAUUGUCAAAGCAAAGUCGCCGCUUUUUGGAGCAGUUGCAUCUUCCUCCAGAUGUCAGUGAAUAUGAAUACUCAGGACUUCCUCAUCUACAAGAAGUUACAGGUCAAGCCUACAAUCGUUUUAUCACAAAUAGGACUCAAAGCCCAUUUGUGAUCUUUACAAAUCUCCCAGUGGAUGAAUUUGAACAGAACGAAGACAACUUCUUUGGCAGAGUGGACUACAAUCCGAACCUGCAGCUCCUAAUCCUGACAAUGGUUUCCUUCCCAUAUGAGGUGGCAGCUGGUGUCUUUGGAAGACUUGUUGAUGAUAGGGCAAAAGAGAAUGAUGUUCGACGUAUCCUCCUUCCCCGAGGCAGUACCCGAACAGACACGCCAGACAGGUGGAAGCAAGCUGAUAAGUCAUGGAUUCCCCGCGAUCUUCCUCCAGGAAGAACCACCCAGUGGCCGAGCAUCGCCGUAGAGGUCGGAUAUUCGGAAACACGAGAAAAGCUAAAAAGCGACAUGAAAUUUUGGCUUAACACCAAUAAUGAAGUAAGAAUGGCCCUUUCAAUUGAUAUAAAGAGACCAAGCGGGACCAUCUUUAUUACAGCUUGGAAACGUGGGGCUCCGAUCCCGCCCAGAAUGUCUUCUAAUCCGGAACCUCAAGCAACACAAGAAAUAAAAAUUGAGCGAGGGAAGGCUGGCCAGAAACCACAUAUAACCGGUAACAGCAACUUGACCAUACCUUUUGAGAAUAUAAUGCUCCGCAGACCUGGCCAAGGGGAAGUGGACUUUGUCAUCUCACGAGAAGAUUUGCUGGAAGUGGCAGAGGGUGUUUGGUUUGCUAUGGACAACAAAUGAAUGGGAAUUACGGACAGAUGCGAUGCAGCCGGCGCAUAUGAAUGAUAUGAUAGCAGCACAACGAGGUUAGCGACUAGGUCGGAAAUAUGAGUUGGAGGCGGAAAAAAACUAGUUGGGGCAUGGCAUGGGACUACCAAGGCCAUCCAAGGCAGAACAAGGGCCCUCGGAGGUUUUUUGUAACUUAUCAACAAGGCGACAUGGAGUGCGUAGUCUGGUUAGGCAUGCUCUGACUACAGCGUACAAAUAGGAGAGAGAGCUUCCUUUCUCAUUAUUAUUACACAUACUCUAUACGCAAUAAUAUUACUGUCUCUCAUUCUAUUACUGUCAAGAUAAGAAAGAGCUUCAAAAUCAAGAUAUAACUGUACAGGACCCGUUCCAAGCAUCUCACGACCUCCUAUUAUUAGUAUACUCUACGCUGGUUAUCCCGGUAUUUUCGUUAGGGUCCCCCUAAUAUUUUA